GCUAUUAGGAUCCCAUUCUGUGAGAAAAGGAGAGAUAGAAAAUUGUGAUGACUCAUGGGCCUUGUAGUCCUGUUCCUAGUACUAUUGUGGCAGACGAAGAGGAAAACAUGGGAUUUUCGCCGGUUCAGCAAGAGCCGGAGUCUCUUCACCUGCAGGAUGUUGAUGUUUGCCCUCAAGAAUUCAGCCAAACAGGCCUUGGGCAGAACUCCCCCCCGUUUUCCAGGAGGGAAAAUUAUUCUAAAGAUAGGGGAGUCAGGGAGGCUAAUCGGAGAAGCCUGAGAAUCGCUGCCAAACAAAUGGCUGAUUAGGUCUGCUUCCCUUGGGAAAUUCUAAGGAGUCAUGCAUCUGGACAGAGUUGGGUUUCGCUUCUCGUUCUCUAGGGAAAGAGUUCUGUUGGCGGGAAAACGAGACCCAAUAUAGGUGUUUGGCGCGAGGGAUUCUUUGCGGAGUCAAUUGAUCAGCUUGAGGAGAGAGAUCGUGUGUGGACUUCGUAAUCCCAGUUCCUUGCUUCCCGGAUCAAGCCUCAAGCCUUGCCUUGUCUCACGGUUUUACCACGGACUCUGUUUCAUGCUUCAUGUUCGUCUUGCCUCCAGUCACGGAUCUAGUCAAGAAUCAAGUUUAUUUCCAGCCUUGUUGUCAAGCUUCAUUGGACUUUAAAGACUCUGUUAUUUCCCCACACUAUUGCUUGGCAAAGUGUGUGUUUCGGUCAAGUAGAUUAAAACUUUGAACUCUAAUAUCUUAUAUUGGACAAUACAUUUCUGGACUAUAUUUGACCUUAUCUGAAAGGUCUGCUUCUGAACUAUAUUCUUCACUUGUUUUUAUUGAUUUUAUAUAUUUCUUUAAUAAAGAUAUUAGAUAGAGACUGGCCUCUGUGUAAGGUUAUUGGUGCUCUGCAGCCAGGGUCCUGACAAAAAUGUAUGUAUGUAUGUAUGUAUGUAUGUAUGCAUGUAUGAGAGUGAACAGUGACUCUGAGUUGCUAUGUUGUGUAUUGUUCUUCGUCCUGCCUGAGGUCUCUUUUAUCAGUCACACUUUUGUCCCAUAUGUGCUUAUUCUCCUUUCCAUAGUUCCUCCCUGCUAGGCAACACCAAGAAUAUGCUGAAUGGCACUUCAGCUCCAGAAUUCAUCCUGCUGGGCUUCCCUGGGCUCCAGAAGUUCUGGUUCCUCUUAUUCAUCACUUUCUUGACAGCCUACCUCUUCAUACUCCUUGGAAAUGUUUUGAUCAUUAUUAUCAUAAAUAUGGAUAUGGACCUACGUAUCCCCAUGUACUUCUUCCUGAGCAAUUUCUCAUUCCUGGAAAUAUGCUACACCUCGGUCACUGUCCCUCGGCUUCUGGUGGACUUCCUCACUGGCUCCCGUGCCAUCUCCUUCCAGAGGUGCAUCACCCAGAUGUAUUUCUUCUUCUUCUUUGGUACCACAGAAUUCCUCCUCUUGGCUACCAUGGCUUAUGAUAGGUAUUUAGCCAUCUGCCACCCACUGCGGUAUCCAAUACUCAUGAAUGGCCGUGCUUGUGUACGCUUGGCCUUGACUUCCUGGCUGGGUGGCUCCAUCACCCCAUUCUUACCCACAGCCAUCAUCUCCCAGCUCCGCUUCAACAGCAGCAACCAGAUCAACCACUUCUUCUGUGACACAGGCCCACUGAUUGAGCUUUCAACUGGUGACACCCUUGUGGCUCAGACUUUGGUUUUUCUUAUCUCUGCAGUGAUUGUGCCCAUGUCUUUCCUUCUGACUUUGAUUUCUUAUGCCCUGAUCAUUUUUGCCAUCUCUCACAUCCCAUCUGCUUCUGGAAGGUACAAGGCCUUUUCCACAUGUUCCAGCCACCUCAUGGUGGUUACCAUCUUCUAUGGCACAGUCAUCUUCAUGUACCUCUGUCCACGUUCUGGCCGGUCUUCUGACAUGAACAAAAUGAUAUCUGUUUUCUAUGCUGUAGUCACUCCUAUGCUGAAUCCUAUCAUUUACACCCUAAGGAACAAAGAUGUGAAAAGAGCUCUGGAGAAAAUUCUCAACCAAGUAAAGGACAAGUGGUGGAUGCAUGGAGGAAAAGCUUUCCUCACUAAGGAGACAUAGGCCACGUAUUAGAUGAGGGCUCUUUAUUGAAGGUGACUUCUUACUGAGGAAUUUUGCAAGGCAGAUAUUCAUUACAUGUGCUUUUGGUUGGUGUUCCAGCUACAUUCUCAGGCUCUUCUAAUGGGCCACAGCUGUCAUCUACCAAUGUUAAGCAAUGUUUUCUGAGUACAGUACAUGAUUUGUACUGAAAAAAGUCUUCAAAGCUGUUUUCCUGUUGCAAUGAGAGAUGAAAAACUAAUGUAGCAAAGCCAUAUGAGAAAAGGAAUGUGUGUGGGGUUUUUUUUUUUUGUAUUUAUGCACUAAAUUGCAGUCUACGUACUUUGGCUAUGGAUAAGUGACAGUUAUUUUGGUCAGAUAUUUUAAGCAUUUGCAAUUAAUCUAAAUCUCAAUUUUCUACAUGGUUUUCUUUAAAAAAAUAUUUCAAGGCUAGUUCUCUGACCAAACUCAUACCAGUUUUCCUGAUCAUGCUAGAGCGUGGAUCCACUUUAAAUCCAGUUUCUGCCUCCUGAAGAAUUUUGGGGCUUGUAGUUUAGGAAGGGCCCUUUAAACUGUGCAGCAGGUCCUGGGCCUCUCUAAUAAUAACAAUAAUAAUAAAACUUUAUUUAUAUACCGCCCUAUCUCCCGGAUGAGACUCAGGGCGGUUUACAGGCAUAAAAGCAACACAAACAUUACAUAACAACGUAAUAACACAUUAUUAAAUAACGUAAAAUAAUACAAUUAUAACAAUAAAUAACACUUAAACUCCAAGCCCCAGAAUUUUCUUCAAGAGGCAGAAACUGAAUUUAAAGUGGAUCCCUGCUCUAGUGUGAUGAGGUUGCAAUAAAUGCUUUUAUGACAAUGCUUUCCCAGGUUAUGCCACUGACAAUCCAAGACAUAUAUUACAACAAUGCACAAUUUGUAGGUAAGAUGCAUGUAUUUGACCAAUAUUGAUGAAAGACAUUGUCAACUAUAUAAUAAUUUGCUCUAUGUACAGGGAUUUAGGAGAGAGAUUUUGAAACUCGUACUAACUCAUGUGAGUAGAAAUGCUCUUGCAAAAUCGGUUCUGUAGCAACCUUAAGUGACAUUUUUUAUUUCUAAGGAUGCUUCUGGCUUCACAAUAUCCUCUGAUGCCUUAAACCCCUAUGGCUGUUAAAGUGGAGUCCCAGUACUGCAUUUGUGUGAUGUGAAAGUGCCUGGAGACAACUCCCCAUUGAUAACAAGCUACUUAAAGCUAGAAAGUUGUGACAUGAACUCCAGUUUGCAGCCCUGUAAAGCUUUCCUUGGAACAGGACCUCGAGUGUGAUGCCCCUGUGUCAACGACUAUAAAGAAGUAAUGUACAUCCCAACCUUCAGUGCAACCAAUUAAAGAAUUAUACUGCAACACGAUCACUAAUGAAUUAUUCUCUUAUUUUUAUUUAUUUAUUUACAACAUUUCUACCCCGCCUAUCUCUACCCCGAAGGGGACUGUUGAAGCUGUUGAAUGAGUUUAUGAGAUUUUGAAGUUGGGUUGGGUUAUUGUUGCUGAUUGAGUCAUCAUACAUAGAAGAGAACCUGAAGGCAAAUAACAGCAUUAACAACAAAAUUAUAUAUUAAUUUAAAAUCCAGAGUUCCAAUACCUGACAAAGGGAUUAUGACCCCUUAUCUAACAGCACUACUAUUAGUGAUUGGGGGGAGGGUUGAUUAACAUUAUGGAUCAGAACUCUGGUCUUUCAUCUUUACACUUUAAACAUGAGGCUGAAGGAACCACUGAUUUUGAAUAGUACAGCAUUAUAUAUUUAAGGGUUUUUCAGCUUUUGCGUGAUAUGUUGUUUUAACUGUAUUUUAGUUUUAACUUAUACCAUAAGCUGUCUUGGGCCACAUGUAUAGAAUACAUGUAUAAAAUACACAUGUAUAAAAUACAUGUACAGUAUGUAUGUACAUAUAAUGCGGUCAGUAUUUUUAUCCCCAAAAAAUAAAAAGCGAAAUUAUAAAACACAUAACUGUAAAGGUAAGUUAUCA